GAGAUCCGAAAAGGAAUCACCUUUCACAACAAGAACACUGAAAGGCUGAAACAUUAUUCCAAUCAUUAUAUGAGCAUAAGUAAUGAAGAGAAGAGGUCAAAAGGGUAUCUGUCAGUAUCCCACCCAAUAGAAGGUUUGUUUGUCUCUCCUGUUUAUUUCUCUUGGUCUUGUGUGGAAAAACCUCCACGAAUCGUGGUGUAUUCGUGGAAGCUAGUAAAGGAGUAACCUUCACGAUCUGGGCACCGAUAUCCCUCUCUUUUUUUUUGAUAAUAUUGAAAAUCGGAUCACCACAUGACCGUUUGAACUUUUCCUAAACAACCCGUCUUUCCCUUUCUUUUUUCUUGGUGUCUUUACUUGUGUGAAGGGAGGAUUAUCCGAUUCCCUUCGUGGGUUUUCUUGAUAUUUGGUUUCUGUUUACCUUGACCCGCUAUAAUCGUGCAUUUUCUUUAUUGGGGUUCUCUCAGUUUUUGUUGUUUUCGUUUAGAGAGAUCCUUCCAUUUGGGGAGUUGUUGGCUUCUCUUUCCUGUUCUUUUUGCUUUUGGGAAUUUUGGUCAAGUACAUUGUCUUGGUGAGUCUCUUUCUCUUGCAUUUGCUCUUUUGUGUUGCUACUGUUGAUGGGGUGUUGAUGUCUUUGGCGGUUGGUUUGGUUUCAAGUUCCAAAAACAUGGGUGGAGAUGAUAGCGAAGCUUCUGAGACAAUACGAGAUGAAUCAAAGACUGCUGAGGAAAACCCCACUGGGUUGAAUAGAAAAAUGAGUGAUGGCUCUCUUUGUGCCACUGAGGACGAAGAUGAUGACGAAGAAAGAAAGAUUGAGUUGGGCCCUCAGUGCACGCUUAAAGAACAACUAGAGAAGGAUAAGGAUGAUGAGAGCUUGAGGAGGUGGAAGGAACAGCUUCUUGGCUCUGUUGAUCUCAAUGCUGUUGGAGAUGUAGAAAGUCUUGAAGCAGAAGUUAAGAUCAUGAGCCUUGCAAUCAAAUCCCCCGGUAGGGCUGAUAUCGUGCUCGCAAUUCCUGAGAAUGGAAAACCCCGUGGUUUGUGGUUUACCUUAAAAGAAGGUAGCAAAUACCAUCUGCAAUUCACUUUCCAGGUUAGCAAUAACAUUGUGUCUGGACUCAAAUACACCAAUACAGUCUGGAAAACUGGUGUCAAGGUUGAUAGCACAAAGGAGAUGCUUGGCACCUUCAGUCCUCAGGGAGAGCCAUACACACAUGAAAUGCCUGAAGAAACUACUCCAUCUGGAAUGUUUGCUAGGGGAACUUAUUCAGCUAAAUCUAAGUUUGUUGACGAUGACAACAAAUGCUACUUGGAGAUCAACUAUACCUUUGACAUCCGUAGAGAUUGGCAUUGAUGAAAUUGGAAUCCCUGGCAGUAUCAUUGCUUCACCCUCAGUCAGUUGUUCUGCAAGUUUGAAGUAUGCUUUUAGAUGUUGUCAUAAUUCAUUUUCACUGUUCUUGUUUAUGGUUUAUGAGUAUGAGACUGGUGAUUACACAAUGAAGAGAAGUUUUUCAUUUUUUGUUUUCCUUCCCGUUAACGAUCUUGCAGUUUAGACAUUCAUUUUGUAGGGUAUCUUUAUUAAUAAAAAUUGAGCUUUUGG